CAAACCCCCGCGACGGGGCGUGGGCGCAUCCGCGGCGGCCCUGGCGCGCAGGCACGGCCGACGCGGCUCCACGGCGGCGCGGGUGAGGCUCCCUGUAAGAGUCCAGAGAGGCAUUGCAGAUCGCCGAGACCGACGGUCAGGUGCUUACCUGAUUGUUGUGCUUCUUUGACUACUCUUGUCUUGGUGGUGCUUGUAAGUUUAACAUUAUAUUUUCUUGUUCUCCAUAUUCCUGAUAACUAAUGGUCUGUUAUUUACUGUGGCUUUAAAUAAACAAAGAUGCCCCCGGAGCCAUCAUCUCAGAACCCAAGCAUGCAAAUAGCAGUUAUCCGCCAUGUGGUCUCUAGAAUAUUAUUACACAAUACCAUAUAUGAUGUUGUUCCCCUUUCUAGCAAGUUAACAGCUUUGGACACUCAGCUUCCUGUUAAACAAGCAUUUAAAAAAAUGCAUGAUGAGGGUCUUGCUCUGGUUCCUCUUUGGGAUGACCGCCGGGGCCCAGGGAACAAUAACAGGCAUGCUCACUGCAUCAGAUUUUGUUUUAAUCUUGAGAAAGAGAAACAUUCAAGUUAUUGGCAACAAAGAGCCCAUUUCUGCUUGGAAAGAAGCAAAGCUACAGUUCUAUGGUGUGCCUGAUGGUGCUGCUAUGCAGAGAAGGCCAUUAAUCCAUGUACUUCUCCAUAUAUUUGCUAAUUCAAUGUGUAAGCAGUUGCAAGAUCAGCACUUUCAUAAUAUAAAUAUAUUACCUAUAUG